CCCCCUUGUGCGCGGUCUACAGGUAGUCAGGUACAGUACCUGCAGGUCAACUCACUAGUUUGUGCAACAUCAUGAUGGAACAACUAUAGAACCCCACCGGCACUGCCACGACGGUGAUGAGGAUGAGCAUGAUGAGCACGAGCACGAGCAUGAGCAUGAACAGGUACAAGUUGUAGGGAGAUAUCCAUCUUGAGCUGUACCACAUUCCGCUGCUGAGAGAGAAAGGCACUUCUUCCCCUCAUCUUGCUUACAAUGCUCACAGCGGUCUAUGCUGUGCUCGUCCUGAGCACGACAUGUCUAGCAGACUGGACCGGGUUGCCCACCGUACCAUUUACAGCCUCUGGAGGUGGCACAUUCGAUCUCGCGCAGUUGAACAAGAUUGUGGUUGACACUGAAUAUGCCGAUGCCAAGGAUACUGAUGGCUGGACACUGAUUCCACCUUCACUCCGCGCCUUUGCGGAGACAUUCGCGGCUGACAUGGCAGCGAUAUCGCCAUCUGUUCCGGCCAUCUCUGUGGAAUGUGGGAAGCACGCUGCAGCUGGGCAGGUCUUCUUGACUGUGGCCAACAACAGUGACUUCAGAGAUGCGGCUGAUCGAUGGACUUCGGAGGCUUAUGCGAUCAAUGUGACCAGUACGGGCGUGAUCAUCACCGGCGCCAGUCCACUGGGAGUGUGGUGGGGAACGCGAUCGCUGCUGCAGCAAGCCGCUUUGCACGAUGGCCGGAUUGAGGCGGGAUAUGGAAUUGACAGUCCUGGUUGGGGAACCAGAGGGAUUUUCCUCGAUGCUGGCCGACAUUACUAUCCCCCGGAAUUCCUGAUUGAAAUGUGCAGUUGGAUUUCCUUUUACAAACAGAACACGUUUCAUGUUCAUUUGAGCGAUAAUCUCUACAACAAUAUCGAGAUUUACUCCAUGGAGCGACAACAAGAGCUGUAUUCUGCGUUUCGACUCUGGUCUGACGAACCCGCGCUGGCUGGCCUCAAUCGGCGGAGAAAUGAAUCGUACACUCGUCAGGACUUUGAUUAUAUCCAAUCGAGUUGUGCGGCUCGAGGCGUGACGGUGAUUCCUGAAAUUGAAAUGCCGGGACAUGCUCUCGUUUUUACGCAGUGGAAGCCCGAACUUGCGAUUGCGGAACAGUUUGAUUUGUUGAAUAUUACAUAUCCGGAUACCAUACCGCUGAUGGAGACGAUCUGGAAGACAUUCUUGCCGUGGUUUCACAGUAAGGCUGUGCAUAUCGGGGCAGAUGAGUAUGUGGAUAAUACUUUGAGUAAAGACGCCCUCGCCGAAGUGUACAACGACUUUGUCAAUGCCAUGAACAGCUACAUCGCAGCCACAGGCAACAAAACCAUCCGCAUCUGGGGAACCUUUCCCCCCAAAAGCAACUAUACCAACAACAUCUCCACCAACGUCACACUCCAACACUGGGAAUUCUUCGAAGACUACCCCUAUCAAGACUACAUCCAAAACGGGUACAAAGUCAUCAACUCCGACGACCACACGUACCUCGUCCAAAAAUACAGCACCUCCUACCCUCAACAACUCCACAACACCACCCUCCUCUUCCACGGCAACCCGGAAGACGGCACCGCGUUCGCCCCCCACAUCUUCGACCCCAACAACGCCACCAACAACCCUCCGCGAAAUUCCCCCGGUGUGCUCGGACAUGUCGCAGCGCAGUGGAACGAUUACGGACCCAAUACGUCGACGUAUUUGGAAGCGUAUUAUCCUUGGAGAGACUAUCUUCCUGCUUUGGCGGAUAAGCAGUGGGGAGGCAACAUUUUGGAGGAUGAAUAUGAGGAAGUGUGGGAGAAGUUGCAGAAAGUGGCUCCGGGACAGAAUUUGGAUCGCAGAGUGGAUUCGAAGGGGGAUGUGAUUGUGGAAUAUGAUUUUACGAGAAUUUCUCUGGCGGAAGUGGUGGCGGGAUAUGAGAAUGAGAAUGGGAUGAUGAUGGUUAUUCCUGAUCUCUCUGGAAAUGGCUACGAUGCAAAUUCUACUUGCGAUAUCGUUCCUACUACUCCUGAUGAUGAUGAGGGUGGGUCGACGACGGCGAUACACAUUUCGCCCAAUUGCACUUUUUCUACACCUUUGACAUCCAAAGGACAGAAUUACACUUUAUCCUUUACCCUCCAGCAGACUUCCACCACCACUGGAGGGGAGGGAGGAGGAGGAGGAUCAAUUUUCACCGGACCGGAUAGUGAAUUACGUUCUGGAAAUGGCACUUCAACCCAAUUGAUGCUUGUUUCGGCGGGCAAUGCUUUUGCGUUGAAUUAUAGUUUACCCAUUGGGGAAUGGGUGGAAGCCAAGUUGAUGGGGAGGGGGAAUCGGACGUUUUUUGCUGUUGCUGGCAUGGAUGAUGAGAUGGAGUUUCGGACGGUGGUGGGUGUGAAUGGGGAGAGGUUUGCGUGGUCGGAAAUGGCGAUUGUGGCGCCUUUGAAUGUGAUUGGAGGCGGUGGAUGGGAGGGGUUGUUGAAGAGGAUGAAGUUGGUGGAUUAUGCUGUGUAG